AUGCCUCAAGACGUAUACGAUCAAUUCUCCACCUUGUUGAAUCCGGCAUCGAAACAUCGAUCAGCUUCGGAUAUUUCAGAUGGUUUGAAGAGGAUAAGGAGAUUGGUAUUGACAGAAGGUAUCCCAAAUGAUGUAACACCACUCAGACCGAGAAUAUGGAAACUCAUGCUUCGAGUCGAACGUUUGCAAGCGGAUGAAUACCUGCGAUAUGUGGCUAUGGGACCAUCUAGUGUGAGCACGAAGAUAAAAAAUGACACUUUUCGAACAUUAGCUACCGACACUCAAUUCAAAGGUAAAGUCAAAGAAGAUAUGCUAAUCAGAUUACUUGAGGCGUUCGUGUGGAAGAAUCAUGGUUCCGAGAGGGAUGGUCUUCCAUUCACCUACGUUCAAGGGAUGAACGUGCUCUCCGCUCCUUUCCUGUAUACCAUGCCCACCCAAUUGGAAGCUUUUGCUUGCUUUUCAACCUUUAUCGAAAUCUGUUGUCCUUUAUACGUCCAGCCUACAUUGGUGGGUGUUCAUCGAGGUUUGAAGCUCCUGGAUCGAUGCCUGAAGAUUGUCGACGGAGAAUUAUACGAUCACCUACGUUCGAAAAACCUUUCUGCUGAGCUCUACGCCUUCCCAUCCGUAUUGACACUAUGCGCAUGUACACCACCUCUGGACGAAGUGCUCCAAUUAUGGGAUUUUCUACUUGCAUUCGGAGUUCACUUGAACGUUCUCUGCGUUAUUGCUCAAUUGCUUCUUAUGAAACAAGAUCUCAUGAUUUCUCCUUCUCCGAUGAAGAUAUUACGUACUUUCCCCCCGCUCGAAGCGAGACCAGUGAUCAAUGUCUGCGUGGCGUUAGUCAAGGAUAUACCGGAGGAUUUAUAUCGCGAGUUGGUACAACAUCCCUUUCAAUCGUGA